GUGACUUUACCGAAAGAGCUAAGAAUACGUUAGAAGCUUCUCUCGCAAACCACGCAGUUUGAGGCGUUUUAAUUUAAGAUCGUGAAGCUUUGGUGACCGCAGGGAAUCCGUACACUUUGUUUAUUUUCGGUAAAAGUCACGGUAGUUAGAAAUAAAAUUAAUAGAGAAACACGAAGCAACCCGUCUUCAGGUGCGAAACGAACAGCGGAGUUUUAAUUUUGGUACGAUACAAAUAAACGCCACCGUUCAUUGCCGCGUUGAACAAUCGUAUUAAAUACAGGUGCGGGCAUUCUUGUUGUUGUUGUUAAAAAAUAAACGACAGCUUUCGAUGUCUUUCGUGAGCGGACUGUUAAAGGGAUAAGCGAUCUGAGGAAGAGCGAUCCAUGGCCGCUUCGUUAAAGUCCUCGAAGCGCGGCAACGUUAAAGACCCGGCUGGAAGACAAAGGAAGUUUGUUAUGAACCAGGCGAUCAAGCAGAGCGAGGAGGCGUUUACGCACACCGCGGACGCAGCGGCGGUGAAACGCAAAGUGACCAAGAAAGCCGAAUGUGCCGUGAAUCCGACAAUCGUGGAACCCACAUCCAGCUAUCAGCUGGAAUCUCUCCGGCGUUUCAGAGAAGACCCCGUCACAAGUAGAAUCGAUAGCAUCCUGUCGAAUAAGUUGGCUGAUGUAGAGUAUGAUUCAGAGGUGUGUCGCUCCCUCAUUGUGACACUUACGGAUGACAUCUUGGCGAUGGUGAAACAGUUUGAGUUUGACCGCUACAAGUUCAUUGUCAGUAUGUAUAUUGGUGAGAAGAAAAAACACGAUGUUCUGAUUGUAAGCCAAGGGCUGUGGGACAUUGAAAGAGAUGGCUGGGCCUCGGCCUCGUUUGAGAACUACAGCGUCUAUGCCACUGCAUCCGUAUACGCCUUAUAUGUUGCGUAGCAUAAACAUAGUCUGACAAUUUAAAACAUUAACUUCAUUAGCUUUCCGCAGGUGUUAUUAACCGUUACUAAAAUGCGUCUUAUCUGCAAGUAAAAGCUAACAUUCACGAAUUUCAAGAAUUGUAUUUUAAAUUUGUUGUUCAUGGUAUGACGGUACUCUGCAGAGUUUAAUGGCAGUUCCUUAUCUCUGAGAUGAUUUCUGGUUGUAUCACAGUUUGUUCGCCAUGAUGUCAGAUCUUCGCUCUCCCAUGUGCUAGGAGCUUCUUGGAUGCCUCAAGUUCAUUCACAGGACGCCCGUGAAAUAGAGCCUAGCAGCUUGCGCCCUUGCCGCUGAAAUAAAUCAAACCUAAAAUCGCAGCAAACGCAGAGCGAAAUAUCUGGUAUCACGGGGUACAUUAAGCGGUACAUACAGAAAACAAAUCGGAGAGCGAUUGUUUUUUGUAGUCAUUAAAAUGCAUUACUUGACCACGUUGCUGUAAUAAGUAUCAUACAUCAUUUUAAUUCACAGUUUUGGCCAUGAGCCUUCAUUGUCAAGUGAACAAUUAUAUAUCUCUCUCGCAGCCAGGACAUAACGUAAUUGUAUAUCUCUCGCAGCCAGAGAGAACUACAGUACGACUGUCAAUGUAGGAAUUAUAGGCGCAAUUCACACGGUCAUUUACAAAUAAAAUGUUUUUUUCUGA